AACUGCAAUACCAUGAUUGGUGGCAACUAGUCCACUGUUACACAGCUGAAAUGUAGAACAAAUAAGAAGUUUGGAAAGAGAAUAAAAAAAAUCAAAGUUCACCUGAUCGUUGAUAUAAACAGAGGCUCUUUCCCCUCCAGCCUGUAGUAAGAGGGAAAACUGAGUUGCAGCCAGGAAAAGUUCAUGAUGCAAGCACCCCUGGCUCUCUGGAUCUUAUCAGCAGUGGUUUCCAAUGACACCAGGCCAUGAAGGCGUGCCUCAGAUGGUUUACAUACCAGGCAGUCACUCUACAGGGUGCAGAAAACCUGGCUGAUCUAUCCAAGCACUGCUUGACUCACAUCCUGAAUGCAGCUCAGAGUAGGAGAGGAGGGCAGCCAGACAUAUAUGAGGGAAUGAACAUCACCUACAUGGGCAUAGAGGCACAUGAUUCCUGCAGCUAUGACAUGAGCAUCAACUUUCAGGCUGCAGCAGAUUUUAUCCACAGAGGCCUGAGCAGAGGAGGCAAAGUUCUGGUGCAUUGUCAUGUGGGAGUCAGCCGCUCUGCCACCCUGGUGCUGGCCUACCUGAUGCUGAAGCACAAGCUCACCCUGGUAGAGGCUAUUUGUGCUGUGAAGGACAAUCGGGGCGUGAUCCCAAAUCGAGGUUUCCUCCGACAGCUCAUCAAACUGGAUAAGCAGCUCUUUGGAAAACAUGACUAAACCAAGAGAAACCAUGACCUCAGGAGCAUUAUAGUCCAGUCAUCUCAAAUCAUUUUAUUUCUUGUUUUUGACUUAAUGUUUUUGACUUUCAAUGUUGCUUUUAUUGUUCGUAAAUUGACACCUUUGUAUUUUAUUUACAUAUGAAUAUUCUGAGGUACAAGCUUUGAAAACUUAGAAACCCAUUGUGAUUACAUAUGUAGGCUUUUUAAGUUCUGUAACAACCCACGUCUGUAACAUAAAGACAAGCUGUCAAUAUUUCAUCAGAAGUGAUGUGUGUUUGUUGGUUGAUCCGUUUCUGUCGAUGUUCUCCAAAAGAAAAACAAAACUGAAUUCAGAAUUUGGAAAAAAAAAUUAAAAAGUAAAUGCUGAUAUCCAUCCAUUUUCUAUACCCGCAUAUCCCUGCAGGGUCACGGUGGGCUGGUGGCUAUUUUCAGCGGCCACUGGGCGAGAGGCAGGGUCCACCCCAGAGAGGUCGCCACUUCGUCACAGAGGAAAUGCCAUAUAAACACCUAAUUUAUAAACAAUAUUUUUACAUUUUUUUGUAAAAAAAAAUGUAAAAAUAUUGAUUUGUUUGGAUAUAAAAAAGUGAACUGGGGAAUCUGAGAGCAAAUUUAGCAUUUAGGUUUUCUCCAGAACUCUGAGGCGAAUCGCUGACAAUGUGCAAGGGUAGCAAUGAAACAAAAACACUACAGAUCCCCUUGUGCUUGUAUUAAUGUAUGCCUGAUUUACAUUCCUAAUAGGGGGAAUCUUUUUCUGCAAAUGAAAAAUAAAUCUUUCAAACAAAGA